UGUAAUCCGCGUGAGCGCACUGUCAUGCUCGCACUGUUAUAGCUCUUGCUGUUAUCUCUAUUCGUAUAGGGUGCUCGCGCGCGUUGGAAAACGAGGCAGCAUAGGCUAACGCAAUCUCUGCGGGGAACAACGCUUCUCUAACGAUCCCAGUCUCUCGUCUCCCAGAAUGCACAGCGUGAUGAUAAUCCCGUUACCGGCAGUUAUCGUCAUCGUCGCCGCCGUCACCGCCGUCGCUUCCGGCGCGCAGUGGACACCGGCGCCGGACGACGGCGCGCAGAGCAUGCAGACGAUUCACGUCAACUGCGACUGCGACAAGACGGGACCCUGUCCCGCCGCCGCUCCACCGCAAUCGUCAACGUCGUCGUCAUCGCCACCGCCGCGAUGCCCGGACGAGUUCAUCUCGGUGAACAACAGCUGCUAUCGCUUCCACUCGCUGCCGACGACGUGGCGCGUCGCGCGCGACGUCUGCCACUAUUACGGCGCCGAGCUGGCCGCCGUGGAAACCCGCGAGGAGAACGCCUUCCUACACUCGCGUUUCUACGAGGAGUUCGUGCGCAAGCGCGAGUACGACACGAGCACCGACGCGCACUACUUCUGGGUGGGCGGCACCGACGAGCGACACGAGGGCUACUGGGCGUGGGCGGGCAGCGGGGAGCCGAUCCAUUUCGAGCUCUGGGCGAGCGACCAGCCGGCGGCGGGCAGCCGCGAUCAGAACUACCUCUGCAUCGACCUGUGGACGGGACUGUGGCACGAUCACCUCAACACGCGACCGCUGGGCUAUGUGUGCGAAAUGGCCGCUACCCUGCCGCCGCUGUAGCGUGGUAAACGCUCCCCCCAUGGGAAAACGCCCCCGUGUACAUUGCGCAUGGGCAUAGGCAUGUCUAGCAAGGCGCGUCGUAGUUAUGACUCGGAAGUAACCUUUGCACAUGCGCAAUGUAAGGAGGGGCGUUUGUCACGGUGGGAUGUAUACCAUGCUACACCGCCUCCGUCAUAACGUGGCGGGCGGUUCGUAUCAGUUCGAAUUCUCGUAUUCGCGAUCAUGUCGAUUCGGAUGUCUUCUCUGUAUUUACGCUUGCGAAUGUAAGGUAUUCUGCUCUCGUCGUUCGUCGUGUAUGUAGCCUCGAUGCGUUUGCACAGUAAGUACGUGUAGAAUACAACACAGGUAGACGCGGUUUGCGCUACGGGCUGGUUAAUGCAACAGGUUUGAUGCGAUCGCGUGCGCGUGAAUUUCGCUUCGCUCAGACGCUCGUUACGUCGAUGCAAAUAUUUGCACUAAAUACGCUACCCUUGUGACGUCACGAUAUUAAAACAUCUGGCUGCGGUGUAUCUUGUUUACAGAUGGCAGCACUGCAUCGGCGAGUAAUGUUAGCAGCGAUGGCAAAUACAUCUUACUGAAGUUCGAUUACUUCACCGCCGUAUUUCUAUGACACGUGUGCUAUUUGUUCGCAGCAUACUUUUUGUCAACCAACCUCAUUUUUAAGCUAGCCUGGUUUAUUUACCCUGCUAGCUUCUUUACGCAGCUAGAUUCUCAGGUUCACGAUGUGAACCCGCUUACCAAAAUGGAGUCGAGAUAAGUACCGCUUAGCAAUGUUUAGUAGCAAAACGGAUCGCUUUUAGAUUACGCGCAAGUAUUUCAUUUUCGUUUAUUUGUUUGCAUCGUUUUUUGAUCACUUUUCGUUUAUUGAUUACUAUUUUUGAAGCUGCAGUCCGCAUGUUUUACAGAUCGUAGAAAUAACGUUUAAAAAUCGGUGGAUAUUCAUGGUGGUGGUUAAUUAUAGCAUUGGAUUUCCUGUCCAUAUUUUAUGUAUUUCUGCUGGAAAUAAAGGAAAUGCGCGGUCUUUAAAUUCA